CUCGAAUUCGUCGUUCGAUGUACCUUCCAGCAACGAUUAUAUAAUUAUUUGCCAGCGAUCCUAUUUCCUAGAUUCGAUCUCCUAUUCAUGAAAAGCUUGCGAAAGUUCUGCCAUUUUCUUGGAUUGUGAACCCUUGCCGAUCUCAAGGAUGGCCCCUCAUUCAGAUCAUGAAUCGGACGUAUCGACAGUCGAAACCUCGCACGAUGUAGACAUUCCAGUCCUGAUAGUCGGAGGAGGUCCAACUGGACUACUUCUCGCACACAUGCUAUCUCAACUAGGAGUCAAGUCUCUAAUCAUCGAACGGUACCCCACACGUUUGGCUGCACCAAAAGCACAUGCACUUUCGCCGAGGACGUUGGAAAUAUGCCGUCAAUUCGAUUUGGACGUGAAUGAAAUUAGAAGAUUAGGUACGAAUAGAGAUGAUGCUUACUGGGUAAACUUCGUGACGAGCUUGACUGGCAAGUAUGUGGGAAGUUUGCCAUAUGAAAGAAUGGACGCAGAAGUACUUGAGCAAACACCAACAAUGAUCCAUAACAUUCCUCAGCCAGCGUUCGAACAAUUUGUAGCUGCACGUCUGAAACGGGACGGGAAGGUAGAAGUGAGGAAGAAUCAUUCGUUCACGAGCUGCACGCAGAUAGGUGACAAAGUCUUUACGAGAGUAGAAGAUCGUAGUCUCAAUAGAACGUAUGAGAUCCGCUCACGACAUGUUAUUGCUUGUGAUGGCGCCAAAAGUAAAGUGAGAGAGAUAUUAGGUAUCGAAUGCGAAGGGGAAUCGUCAUACGAAACUAUGAUGACCAUACACUUCAAUGCAAAUAUUAGGUCUGUGGUGGGUGAGCAAGUCGGAAUGCUGCACUGGGUCAUGGACCCAGAAGUUUCAGGCUUCAUUAUUGGAUACGACUUGGACGACAAUCAAGUUCUCAUUUGCAACUUUGAUUCGGAGAAACAUCCUGUGGGGAGUUGGAAUGAGGAACAUGCUCACAGAGUCGUGACAGCAGCAAUUGGGAAAUCCAUCCCCUUCGACGUCCUUAGUUGGCGGCCUUGGAUCCUCAGCAGAAAGGUGGCCGAACACUACCAUCAAGGCAAUGUCUUCUUAGCUGGUGAUGCUGCUCAUGCAUUCCCUCCAACAGGAGGAUUGGGUCUGAACACAGGCCUUGCAGACGUUCACAACCUAGCCUACAAACUCGCAUCCCUCCACCAAAACAACGCCAACCCCUCUCUUCUCUCAACCUAUCAAACCGAUCGUCGCCAGGUUGCUAUGAUCAGCGCGCAACAGAGCGUCAAGAACGGCAAGAAAAUUUUUGGACUACUCAAGACUCUCGGCACUACCGACCCAGACAUCGAAAUUGCGAAGAAGAAUCUAUAUCAACGCAUCACGGACCCUACAACUCGUCUAGAAGUCCUGAAAGGCAUUGAGGGCCAAAGAGAGCACUUCGAUAACCUUGGACUACAUAUCGGCUACGUAUAUGGCGACACCGAGAUUCCUGCCAGUGCGUCACUUUACGUGCCUUCGUACCGAGCUGGUGCUCGACUUCCUCAUGCCUGGCUUUCAGGUGCUCCGAAGGGCUUGCAUCUACCGGAGGUUCCACCCAUUGACAAUUCAUACGUCUCGGAAUUCAAAGCAGACGUGCUGGCACAGAAACAGUACUCGACAUUAGAUCUUUGUGCUUUUGAUGCCUUUACGAUAUUUUACUCUUCGGCCUCUGAAGCACAUUGGGAAGAAGUACUUGCUCAACUCCGGUUGAGCUUUCCUAAGUCCUUGAAGAUCAAUGCUGCUGUUCUUGGGAAGGACUUCGAACUUGUUCCUGGUGCUAGGAAACAUGAGUGGGUGAUGGGUUUGCAACUUAACCACGGCGCUGGGGUAUUGGUCAGACCUGAUCAGCAUAUCUUGAAUUGCUAUGGGAAAGAGACGAGUGUCGAAGAAGUGAUUAAAGGCUUGAGGAGUCAUUUGGGUCUUUGAACAGGACAUUUGGCGAGCAACCAUUCCAACGUACAGUACUUUAAAAUGGAGAAUGGACAAAAGGACGAGAAUUGAAGCGCUGUCGUUGUCGAAUUCUGAAGCGACGAGCGGCACCAAAAGAUCCCAGAAUAUAGACCUAGUGGCUGAGAAAGCGAGUGUAAACCACACAUGAUUGAAACAGU